AUGAGUCGCCUUAUUCCACUUGUUGCUAGAGGAAUAAGGCAAAAUAAAGGUGUCAAAUUCUCCACGAUCUCUACAUAUGUUAAUUUUCCGAUAUCUAAAGGGAGACAUUUAUCUUUGUCUGCUGGAAUAAUUCCCAUAACAACAACAACAAGUAAUGAAGAUCAACCCAAGAAUUCGAGUAUGAUGAAUCGAUUCAAACUUUUAAUCAAAAAAUAUGGAGUAUCAGCAGUUGUUGUUUAUUCUGUUAUUUCAACUUUAGAUUUAGGAUUGACAAUAAUUUUAAUUCAAUCUGGUGGAAAUAUAAUAAUUGAUAAUAUUAAAAUUGUUGAAAAAAGAAAAGAACCUGAAAAUAAUAGUUCAGGAAAUAUACUUGAAAUCAUUAAAGAAAAACCUGAAAAUAAUAAUAAUAAAGUUACUGAGAGAUCAUCUCCUUCUUGGGCGAGUAUUUUGGUAAUUUCUUAUGGUAUUCAUAAACUUUUACUCCCCUUGAGAAUAGGUUUAACAGCUGCAUUAACUCCUCCAAUAGUUAAAAAAUUAAGAAAAAUGGGUUGGAAUAUUGGGAAACAUUAA